AAGCUCUCUUUGGUAACGAGACUUGCACAAAUCAUACAUAAAAAAAGAUCAAAAUUAUGGGAGCCACUACAUUGACUCAUGUGACCACCGUUAACCACCCUAAUAACACCAUCAUUCAUGGACCGGUCGUUGACGAAGUAGAAGGGCUUAUUAGAGUUUACAAAGACGGCCACGUGGAACGAUGUUCAGUCGUGCCAUGUGUGGAUACCUCGCUACCCCUCGAGCUCGGCGUGGCUUGCUCCGAUGUUGUCCUAGACAAGUUGACCAACGUAUGGGGACGUCUCUAUGUCCCGAUGAUGACAGCGUCAACCAAGUCGUCCGUCUCUAAGCUACCUUUGAUUGUCUACUUCCACGGUGGAGGAUUCUGCAUCGGCUCGGCUUCUUGGUCGUGUUACCACGAGUUCGUGGCUAGAUUGUCCGCUCGCACACAGUGCUUGGUCCUGUCUGUAAAUUACCGUCUAGCUCCUGAGAACCCUCUUCCGGCAGCUUAUGAAGACGGGGUCAAUGCCAUUCUUUGGCUCAAGAAAGCAAGAAACGGUAACUUGUGGGCCAAGCUAUGUGACUUUGACAAGAUCUUCUUGGCCGGAGACAGCGCUGGAGGCAACAUCGCGCACCACGUCGCAGCAAGAUUAGCAUCCACCGAGCUAAAGCCACUGGAGAUACAAGGAACCAUCCUGAUCCAGCCUUUCUUCGGCGGGGAAGCGCGUACUGAGAGCGAGAGGCGCGUGGGGAACAAAUCGAUGCUGACACUGUCGUCUUCGGACACGUGGUGGAGGAUGUCUUUGCCACGUGGUGCAGACAGAGAGCACCCCUAUUGUAAACCGGUGAAGCCCAAGUCGUCGACGGUGAUGAGGACGCUGGUUUGCGUAGCGGAGAUGGAUCCGCUGAUGGACAGAAACAUGGAGAUGUGCGACGGUAACGAGGAAGUGAUCAAGCGCGUGUUGUAUGAAGGCGUCGGCCACGCGUUUUAUGUUCUCGGGAAGUCUCAGCAGCUUGCGCACACCAAAACUGUAGAGAUGUUGUGCCACAUCGACGCUUUUAUUCACCACUAUGAACCCUUUAACUAGUUCUGUCUUUUGUAUAAAUUUUUAUAUUGCUCUUAUGUGUUUGUAUCACACGUACACAAAAAAUGUAUCUGUGUUGGUGUAUAUCAAAUAGCUACUAUAGUCUUUAAGUGAUUCCUAAAAGAUGUAAGUUUAGGAAUUAAUAUGAUUAUCAUCUAGUCAAUAAAAAUAAUAAUUUAAUGAAGGUCGUUCCUUAUGACA